AAAAUUCAAAUUACAAAAAAAUCAUUUUCCCUAACUUUUUUUUUAUUUUGUCAACAAAAACCUAUAGAGAAAAGAAACAUUUUUAAUGUAACUGUAUGAUGGAGAAUUAUGGGUAAAAAAGUUUUUCUAACAAAUUGUCGUCUUUUAACCAAGUCUCACCAAUCACUACACCAUCUAUGGAAGUUUUACAACUGUCAAGGGCUUGCAAAAUUUCAUCAAAUUUAGAGAGAUUGUUUAUACCUCUUAGUUCCACUGCCAAAUUUUUAGUGUCUGGUUAUCAUUAUUUAUAUAAUUGCCAUUAAAAUCGUAAAUAUGAUCGAAAGAAAAAUUAUUGAUUGUAUUAUCCAUUAGGAAUGCAUGAAUUCAAAGUUUUUAUGCUGGAUUGCGAAUUUCGUUUUCGUUGGGGUAGAUUGUUCUGGUGACGAAGAGGCAGAUUUUACACGGUUGCAAUUAUUUAUAAUUCGAUCAAGGUCAUGUUUGCUACCAAAUCUUUCAAUUUUAGACUGUUCAUCCUUUUUUACUAAAAUCACUCCUCCACGAUCAGGCCAUACAAAUUUAAUAUUCAGAAGUUUUUGAGAUUCACGCAUUUCUUUUAACAAUUCUAUUGACAAGGCUGACAGUUCUUCACCGAUCGCGACUUUCAUUGCUUUUCCGUUUACAUUUAGUGCUUUAUCAAUCGUCAUAGUAGAUUUAGUUUUUAAAAUUCACUAUUUUUGUAGGUAAUCCACUGCAACACGUUAGGGAAGUAACGAAGCAGGCAAACAAAUUUCAAUAUUCGUGGUUAUUAAUUUUUUUGAGGGCGCGUAGCUGGUAAAUCGAUUGCCCUGUACGCAGUUCACCUGGGUUCAACAUAGGGUUAGAGAUUUCCCUAACCCGAAAAAGAGACCUUAAUGUUAAAACCUUUAUAAUCGAAACAAAAUAAUUUCUUUUUCUCCUUUACCUCUCACUGACAUAUUGCAACGAAUACCGCAGCCCUCGGUGAUCCUCUGAUUAAAGGCCUUACCGAGGUGGCCAAUAAGCGUCCGGCGGAUCCCAUCACCUAUCUGGCAACAUAUUUGUACAACUUUGCUAACCAGAAUCGGUCGAAAACAAGUGCCGGCAGCCAGACAUCUGCCAUCAAAAACGAUCCGAAUAACAACCAGAUCGAGAUUGCCGUGAAGGAGGAAUCCGAAAAAGAGUUGAAAAGCUCUGCCAAAACAGAAGAAACCGUCGAAGCGUUAGACGAAGAAGAAAUGGCCGAUCCUGCUGCGGAGAAAGAUGAACUGGCACCUCCGUCGCCGGAUGGUUCUGGCAGUGCGCCUUCCAGCGAUAACAGGGACGAACAUGGUCAAAGUAUGCUUCAUUUUGCAUGCGCUAGAUCACAUGGCAAAAAUGCGUUGAUUCAGUUGAUUGAAGAAUCGGGGACUAGUAUCACAUAUCGCGAUGAGCUGUACCGAACUGCUAGAGAUGUCUCACUGCAAGCUACUCAGCCGGAUAAUUCGCGAGAAAUUGAUCGCUACGUGCUUGGCUUGGCCGCUCGUGGAGAUUUGGAUACGUUGACCAAUAUGUUGCUGGACGGCUACGACCACAUUGCCGAUGUGGUGGGUUCAGACGGAACGACUAUUCUACAGGUGGCAUCAUCCAGGGGCCAUCGGGAUGUAGUUCGCUUUUUAGAAGGGAUUCGAGAAUUCGAGGAAAACCGGGAAAGUUUGCUGAAUGCCGUACGCGACCAGAAUAUUCAAAGAGUAAUGAAAAUUACUCAACUUUCGGAUGGCAUGAAACUUGCGAAAGCUAAAAACUACUAUGGACGCUGCUCUCUGCAUAUUGCUGUAUUGUUUGAAAAUGAAGAAAUUGUAGAAUAUCUUGCAACGCACUUUAAGCAUGUGCUUAAAAUUGGCGACAAUUUGGAGCGGACACCUCUCCAUUAUGCAAUGGGAAUCGGCAAUGUAGAGGCAAUCAGUCGUAUACUGAUUAAGAAUGGAGCUAAACGGGUUAUGAAAGAUCUCAAAGGACGGCAACCUAGUUACUACUUUAUGAACAAGGCCGAUAUUUUACGUCUGCAGGAAGAAGAGAAGGAAUAAAAUUUGACAAAUUUGUAAUGAAAUUAUUUUUUAAGGUGGAGAUUUUUUAUAGACAAAUGUUACUCGGAGUUAAUAAAAUAGCAA